UACACACAAAAUAGUGAAGUGUUGUACUGUACAUGACUUAUAUAACAUCACAAAAUUAACAAAACGGGAUUCAUUAUUACAAUCAAUGACAGCAGCAGCAAUAAUCUACAAGUUCAACAUCAACAAGUACAGUCAUAACAUCAGCUGAGGAACCUAUACUACCAGAGACUUCAGGUGUGACGAGCGACCCUGUGACCACCCCAGCCAGCCACACAGGUGAUAUAUACGGAGCAUCACUUAUACCUACUGCAGUAGUGGAGUGAAGCGUGUGGACCUCCAGGGCCCUCACCACCGACACACCUCCCUUGGCCUCCUCCACCCAUAGUCCCAGGAUGUGUGGAGGAAGCGUGGUGCAGGCGACGACACUAUUGAUGCCGCUCUUCCUCCUCCUGCUAGUGAUCAUCCCGCCAGGUGAGGGUCUUCGCUGCAUCAACUGCACCAGCCUAAGGGACGCCAACUGCCUGGACGGUGUGGGCAGCGAGCAGGAGUGUACCGAGUCCCAGAACUACUGUGUCUCCUACACCGGUUACCUCAAGAAAGGCCAGGCUCAGGUGUUGUUUCGGGCGUGUACGGAGACCAACAUGUCACACUUCUGCGGCGUCCACUUCGAGAAGCUGACCAACAACCGUGUGGAGCGCCUCAUAGCCUGCUACCGCACCUGCGGCACCGACCUGUGUAAUGAUCACCGCAUGGAGUACAUCAGCGGGGCCCCAACCACCACCCUCUGCCUCCCGCCAGUACCCUCGCUCAUACUCGCCGCCUUGUUGACUCUCGGCGUCAGAGUCAUUCUUGCAACAUGAUUCUAGGUCGAGAAUGUCUUGUUUUAUGGUGUAGAUCUUUUACUCAAGAGAAAGAU